UUAUAAUAUUCUAUUUAUGUCCACAUAAAAUAAUAAUAAAAUUGAAUAUUAAAAAAAUAGAAAAAAUUCUUAAACAAAACAUAUCUUUGCAAUUCUCAAUUUUUAAUUUCACUUCUUAAUUUUUUUUUAAACUCUAAUUAUUUACCUUCAAAUCCAUUCGUUUAUAAAAAUACAAAUUAAAAUUUAAAAAGGUUGUAGCAAUCAUGAUCAUCAUUCGAUAUGGCAAAAAUAAAAAAUAAAAAAAAUAAGUUGUAAUGACAUUCAAAAUGCAUCCAACGGUUCUGAGGGGUUGGAUGAUGGAGAGCACUUUACAAUCGCUACACCCAUCAUCUCCUCUUUCUGAUUUUGGAGGGAAAUGCAGUUACGCCUCUGUAUUUGUGUGUGUAUAAAUAAGAUUCUCUCUCCUCAUUUCAGCAGAUUUUCGCUUUAGAGCUCUCAUCUGCAACUAUUGUUCGACUUCGAAAACAAGCAUGAAAUUAGGGCAAAACCGGUGAUCGUCACUAUUUCUUCCAAAUCAAAAACUUCAGAUUUUCCUUCAGUGGUGGUUCUGUUUGACUUGAUAAAUGGGCAAUAAGUAUGAGCGGAUUGAGAAGAUUGGACAAGGCAGUUUUGGUGUGGUUUACAAGUGCCGUGAUUUCAUGACCAAUGCGACUGUAGCUCUGAAGAGGAUUUUCUUUAGAGAUGAAGAUGAAGGUGUCCCCAGUUCAGUAAUAAGAGAAAUCUCACUUUUGAAGGAACUGGAUCAUGGCAAUAUCAUCAGGUUACUUGAUGUAAUAAAGAAUGGGGCAGGCGUGGGUCUCAUUUUUGAGUGUAUGGACCUUGACCUGUCAAAGUUCAUUGCUUCUUAUCCUGAGGUUGCAAAGGAUCAACAAAUAAUAAAGCUGUUUCUCUAUCAAAUUCUCUGUGGUGUUGCUUAUUGUCAUUCUCAUAAAAUACUCCACCGGGAUUUGAAACCUAAGAAUUUGCUCAUAGAUAUCGACAACAAGGUCUUGAAGAUUGCUGACUUUGGAUUGGCCAGGGCAUUUGGUGUUCCUCUUAGGACCUACACUGGCAAGGUGGUAACUCUAGCAUACAAGGCACCCGAAGUCCUGCUUGGCUCCAAUUACUCCACUUCCGUUGAUGUGUGGGCUGUGGGGUGUAUAUUUGCUGAGAUGGUGACCCUUCGACCUCUGUUCUGUACAGAAAGUGAGAUUACUGUAUUGAUGGACAUUUUCAGCUUGUUGGGUGUGCCAACUGAAGCAACCUGGCCUGGAGUGACUUCAUUAAGUCGCUACAUUGCUAACAUACCCGCGUUCCCCCCUCAAUGUACACGAAACCUUGGAGACGAGGUCGCUGGACUUGAACCUGCUGGAUUGGAUCUUCUUUCUAAAAUGUUGUGCUUGGAUCCGAGUAAAAGGAUUACUGCUUCUGACGCACUUAAGCAUUCAUACUUCGGAAAUGUCUCUGCUGCUGGUACUUGAUUCCCCAUUCCUCAUCCAUUUCUGUUGCUGGAUUGAAAACUAUAGCAAUGCUAAUAUACUUGGAAGUAGUCCCUGUGGAUUAGUUCAUGCAUGUACUCUCUCCAUCUGCGAUCGUUGAUGUGAUUCUUCGUUUCCACUCAACUACGAAAAUAUGUACAUCACUUGCACAGGUACUAUUGCAGUCGUUAGAAACUAUUAUGAUAACAAGGUGUUGAAUUUUGCUUAUCGUGCCACUUUUUAACUGAGAAACCAAGUGGAAGGCAAAAUGAAAUUAUAGAAAAAAAUUCAUUUUUCCUUGUUUGGUUGUCUUGAAAUAUAAUGAAGAAAGGAAAGAAUCUUGCGAAGAGGCAUAAAAUGGGUACUCUCAUGGUUAGUUGUAUUGCUUUUAUCAGAGUUAGAGAAUAUUGUUAGUAGCUUAAUAAGGCUAAUAGGAGGAGCCUUUGGGAUAGGUCCAGUAUG